AGGAGCAGAGAGAUUAAAUAGAAGGCAGGCGCAGGAGCAGACUGCUAUAUCCGCCACACGGAGACGAACGGUGCCAGCUGCUAGCUCAGUUAGCCUCACUAGACAGUUAGCCACUAGCUCCAGAGUCCUAGCUCUGUUACUACUCAUGAGGGAGGAGCAGGAGGGCUAAAGUCUGGGUGACAGUGUGGGAGUCGACGCUUUCAGCUCCUGCUCGACCGUCCUGAUCUGACUCCUUGUGUUUAUGAGUACCCGUGUACCUGUGCGUGAGAGUUUAUGUACACAAGUACACCUCCUUCCCUCCUACCAGCAGCGUGUUUGUAAAUGUGAGUCCGGUUAGCAGGAGCAGCAGCAAACCCACAAACACGGCGUGACUUGUUUGCUCGGUCCGGUUCCUUGGCAGCGGAUUGACAUCCUUUAACCUGCAGCAGCAUGAUGUUGCAGUUUGCCGUAGUCCGGGGCGGUCUUGGCCUGCUGGCCGUCAGGAGGGCAUGCCUCUUCUCCCGAUCGUCCCACUCCGCCCCACAGGCCCAGUAUCGACCCAUCAAGAAAGUCAUGGUGGCCAACCGAGGUGAAAUAGCUAUCAGGGUGUUCAGAGCCUGCACUGAACUAGGGAUUCGCACGGUGGCGGUUUACUCUGAGCAGGACACCGGACAGAUGCACAGGCAGAAGGCAGAUGAGGCUUACCUGAUUGGGAAAGGACUGCCACCUGUCGCUGCCUACCUGGACAUUGCAGACAUCAUUAAAGUUGCCAAGGACAACAAAGUGGAUGCUAUCCACCCUGGCUACGGUUUCCUCUCUGAGCGCGCAGACUUCGCUCAGGCCUGUGCAGACGCAGGAGUGAUGUUUGUUGGACCGAGCCCAGAAACGGUCCGAAAGAUGGGAGACAAGGUGGAGGCUCGCUCUUUGGCCAUCAGUGCUGGUGUACCUGUGGUCCCAGGGACAGACGCGCCCAUCGCCAGUCUGCAGGAGGCGCAGGCAUUCGCCCAGACGUAUGGUUUCCCCAUCAUCUUCAAAGCUGCGUACGGAGGCGGCGGUCGAGGCAUGAGGGUGGUCAGAGAGUAUGAGGAACUGGAGGAGAAUUACCAGCGGGCGUACUCUGAGGCCCUGACGGCUUUUGGGAACGGCGCUCUGUUUGUAGAAAAGUUCAUCGAAAGGCCAAGACACAUAGAAGUUCAGAUCCUUGGUGAUAAAUAUGGAAAUGUCAUCCAUCUGUUCGAGCGAGACUGCUCCAUUCAGCGCAGACACCAGAAGGUAGUGGAGAUCGCACCGGCCUUCCAGCUGGACCCUCACCUGAGAGACAGACUUCACUCUGAUGCUGUCAGCCUGGCCAAACAGGUGGGAUACGAGAACGCCGGCACCGUGGAGUUCCUGGUGGACAAACACGGGAAGCACUACUUCAUCGAAGUCAACUCCCGCCUCCAAGUGGAGCACACGGUCACCGAAGAAAUCACAGAUGUUGACCUGGUGCAUGCUCAGCUGCGUAUUUGUGAGGGCCGCAGUCUGCCAGAACUCGGCCUCAAGCAAGACAAGAUCCGGGUGAACGGCUGUGCCAUCCAGUGCAGGGUGACGACUGAAGACCCAUCUAGAGGCUUCCAGCCAGACACGGGAAGGAUCGAGGUCUUCAGGAGCGGGGAAGGUAUGGGGAUCCGUCUGGACAGCGCUUCAGCCUUCCAGGGUGCUGUCAUCUCGCCUCAUUAUGACUCGCUGCUGGUUAAAGUCAUCGCCAGCGGAAAAGACCUGCACACCGCCUCGUCCAAAAUGAGCCGGGCCCUGGCUGAGUUCAGAGUGCGGGGGGUCAAGACCAACAUCCCGUUCCUGCAGAACGUCCUGUCCAACAACCAGUUCCUGCACUCCACCGUGGACACCCAGUUUAUUGACGAGAAUCCAGAACUCUUCAACCUCAAGCCCACUCAGAACCGAGCUCAGAAGCUCCUGCACUACCUCGGUCAUGUGAUGGUGAAUGGACCAACCACGCCCAUCCCAGUCAAGGCCAAGCCGUCCUCCAUCGACCCAGCCGUCCCUUCCGUCACCAUGGGUGACCCACCUGUAGGCUUUCGGGAUGUGCUGCUGCGUCGCGGUCCUGAGGGAUUCGCCAAGGCUGUGCGAGCCCACCAGGGUCUGCUGCUGAUGGACACGACGUUCAGGGACGCUCACCAGUCACUUCUGGCCACCAGGGUUCGCACCCAUGACCUGAAGAUCAUCUCUCCUUUUGUCAGCCACAACUUCAGCAACCUCUUCAGCCUGGAGAACUGGGGAGGUGCUACCUUUGACGUGGCCAUGCGAUUCUUGUCCGAAUGUCCGUGGAAAAGGCUCCAGGAGCUGAGAGCUUUGAUCCCAAAUGUCCCGUUCCAGAUGCUGCUGAGAGGGGCCAACGCUGUCGGCUACACAAACUACCCUGAUAACGCCGUCUUCAAGUUCUGCGAGGUGGCCAAGGAGAACGGCAUGGACAUUUUCCGUGUGUUUGAUUCCCUGAACUACCUGCCGAACAUGCUGCUGGGCAUGGAGGCUGCAGGAGCGGCGGGUGGCGUCGUUGAGGCCGCCAUCUCGUACACGGGCGACGUCUCUGACCCGAUGAGGCAGAAAUACUCGCUGGAUUACUACGUGAAACUGGCUGAUGAGCUCGUCAAAGCUGGAACCCACAUUCUCUCCAUCAAGGACAUGGCCGGCCUCCUGAAGCCUGAGGCCAGCAAGCUGCUGAUUGGCGCCCUGAGAGACCGAUUCCCAGACGUGCCCAUUCACGUGCACACGCACGACACAGCUGGAGCAGGAGUAGCGGCUAUGUUGGCCUGUGCCGAGGCUGGAGCGGAUGUAGUGGAUGUUGCAGUUGACUCCAUGGCGGGGAUGACAUCUCAGCCCAGUAUGGGCGCCAUGGUCGCCUGCACCAAAGGGACCAAGUACGACACCGGCAUCGCCCUGGAGAAGGUGUUUGACUACAGCGAGUACUGGGAAGUGACCCGGGGACUGUACGCUCCGUUUGACUGCACCGCCACCAUGAAAUCCGGCAACGCUGACGUCUACGAGAACGAGAUACCAGGAGGACAGUACACCAACCUGCACUUCCAGGCUCACAGCAUGGGGCUGGGAAACAAGUUCAAGGAGGUGAAGAAGGCUUACACCGAAGCUAACAAACUACUGGGAGACCUCAUUAAGGUGACUCCAUCCUCAAAGAUCGUGGGUGACCUGGCCCAGUUCAUGGUGCAGAACAACCUGACCCGCGCAGAGGUGGAGGAGAGGGCGGACGAACUGUCCUUCCCACUGUCUGUGGUGGAGUUCCUGCAGGGAUACGUUGGAAUUCCUCAUGGAGGAUUCCCUGAGCCGUUCAGAUCCAAGGUGCUGAAGUCCCUUCCACGUAUCGAGGGUCGUCCUGGGGCCUCGCUGCCUCCAAUGGACUUCAAGGCUCUGGAGGAGGGACUCCGGGCCGCUCACGGUGACGACAUCACCCCUGAGGAUGUGAUGUCAGCCGCCAUGUAUCCCAAAGUGUUCCAGGAGUUCAAGGAAUUCACUGCUAACUUCGGACCCGUGGAUUGUCUCAGCACCAGGCUGUUUCUGGAUGGACCCAAGAUUGCAGAAGAGUUUGAGGUGGAGCUGGAACGAGGGAAGAUCCUCCACAUCAAGGCCCUGGCUCUGGGAGACCUGAACAAGGCGGGUCAGAGAGAAGUCUUCUUUGAGCUGAACGGGCAGCUCAGAUCGGUGCUGGUGAAAGACACCGUGGCCAUGAAGGAAAUGAAGUUCCAUCCCAAGGCCCAGAAGUCCGUCAAGGGGCAGGUGGGAGCUCCCAUGCCCGGAAAAGUCCUGGAGGUGAAGGUCAAAGUUGGAUCUAAGGUGGAGAAGGGUCAGCCUCUGUGUGUCCUCUCAGCCAUGAAGAUGGAGACGGUGGUCAACUCCCCGCUGUCCGGGACCGUUAAAGCUAUCCACGUGGAGGCCGACGCCUCCCUGGAGGGAGACGACCUGAUACUGGAAAUCGAGGAGUAAGCCUGGAGGUUGGGGGGGAGGGGGCAGCA